ACGUCCGUAACGAAAAAAUCACGUAAAAAGCAAGAACCGUACGAUCAACGUCGUAUGGCGUCAUUUCUAGUGGGGUAUAUAAGGGUGGCCUUUUUGGAAAUCCCACCUUUUUAGGCGUUGACCCAUAAACACCUACACACACAGCAUCUGUUUUCCAGUAUCAAAGAUUUAUAAACUCAUGUCAGCUCUUUCAACCAGCGACAAGGUGAUCCAAGUCAACCUCAAAAAACACGUCCCAGAAGGACCUGUCACCGAGGAUGCGUUUGACAUUGUCCAAGUGCCAGCCCCUAAACCAGAAGAUCUAAAGGAUGGAGAGGUCCUCUUACGAGCCAUUUACGUUUCAGUGGACCCUUACAUGCGAAGCCGGUUUAUCAACAAGCCAGGGUAUCUCCUUGGACCAUUCCAAAUCGGACAACCGAUUGAAUCUGGGACAGUGGCCGUCAUUUUGGCCUCAAAGAGUUCAAAGUACAAGGAGGGAGAUAUCGUUCAAGGAUUGUUACCUUGGGUUGAAGUUCUAGCAAGGGAUCCCAAAGGCUUGAAUCAUGUGCAAAAGGAUGCAGGAUUCCCAUGGAGCUACUAUCUGGGUGCUUGUGGCAUGCCCGGUUUGACAGCCUAUGCCGGUCUCGACAAGAUUGCCGAACCCAAAAAGGGAGAGGUAGCGCUCGUCUCUGCAGCCGCUGGAGCCGUCGGGCAACUCGUCUGUCAGAUUUUGAAAAACGUACGCGGAGUAAAGGUCAUUGGUAUUGCUGGUGGUUCACACAAGAUCGACUUUCUCAAAAAAGAGAUUCAUGUGGAUUCAACAAUCGACUACAAGUCGGAGAGCUUGGCAAAGAAAAUAGCAGAGGAAGCUCCGGAGGGCCUUGACAUUUAUUGGGAUAACGUCGGCGGCGAAACGCUGGAACUUGCUCUCCGCUAUUCCCGUCCGCACAUGCGUAUUCCCGUCUGUGGAAUGAUAUCUCAGUAUGAUCUCUCCGAGCAAGAGCAGGCGCCUCUGAGAGGUGCCACCAGGAUUGUCUGGAACCGUAUCCGAAUUCAAGGCUUUAUUGUCGGUGAUCUCUGGGCUGAAUAUUAUGACCGAUUCCAAAAAGAUAUGCCCGAAUGGAUUCGACAGGGCAAAAUCAAGGUUGUGGAGGAUCUGGUCAAGGGAGGGUUGAGGAAUGCCCCAAAGGCCUUUAUUGGGAUGAUGAAGGGUGACAACUUGGGCAAAAGGGUUGUGGAGGUGACCAGUGGCAUUGAUCCCUAUCGCAAAUAACCAAAGAUCCAAUCUGUACAUGUGCUAAAUAGUGCGUAAAUAAACAAGAAAUACAAUAAAAAAAAGUAAAAGUAACA